CUUCUUACUUCAAACUAAACUUCCCAACUCUUCACACAAUAAAAUCAUACAAACUCUUAUAACAUACUCAUAUAAACCAAACUAUAAAACCAUCUUUUACCAAAGAAAAAAAAACUAUCAAACCAUGAUUCCGGCGGAAAUCACCGGAUAUUUCCAAUAUCUAUCGCCGGAAUACAACGUAAUAAACAUGCCUACAUCUCCAACCUCUUCCUUAAACUACCUAAACGAUAUGAUCAUCAAUAACAACAACAGCAACUAUUCCUCAUCAUCCAACAGUCAAGAACUCAUGAUAAGCAACAACAACUCAGCUUCAGACGAAGAUCAUCACCAAAGCAUCAUUAUACUCGACGAGAGGAAACAGAGAAGGAUGCUUUCAAACAGAGAAUCCGCAAGGAGGUCGAGGAUGAGGAAACAGAGACAUCUUGACGAACUCUGGUCUCAGGUGAUAAGGCUUCGCAACGAGAACAACUGUCUUAUUGAUAAGUUGAACCGUGUGUCGGAGACUCAAGAUUGUGUGUUGAAAGAGAACUCCAAACUCAAAGAAGAAGCUUCUGAUCUCCGACAGCUUGUUUGUGAACUGAAAUCUAACAAGAACAACAACAACAGUUUUGCAAGAGAGUUUGAAGAUAACUAGUAUACAUGUCUAUGUCUCAUCGGAGUGUCAGAUAUUUUGAGUUUGUGUCAUUCUCUGUAUCAAAUCAUGAAAAAGAUCGAGGGUGUUUUGGGGUUUGGUUGUUUCUCGAAUAUAUUAUAUAUGUAUUGAAGUUAAAUAAUCUAACUUAGUUCUUGAACA